AGGGGACUCGAAAAUGUACAGCCAGCGGUUUGGCAUCGUACAGCGGGAGGUUAAGGGCCCCACUCCCAAAGUGGUGAUCGUGAGAGCCAAGCCUCCCAAAGGCCAAGGGGCUGAGCAACAUCUGGAAAGAAUCCGACGCACCCAUCAGAAACAUCAUGCUAUUUUGGUUUCUAUUAAGUCAAAGGAGCGGGAUCGCUUGAAAGUUGAGUGGGACCAGCACAAUGACCGCAAGUUUGUGGACAGUCUUGUGAAAGCAAGAAUCAAGGAUGCCAUGCAAGGCUUUAUCAUUAACACUGAAAAAAGAAGAAAUAAACUUCGUGAACUUUUAGCAUCAGAAGAAAAUGAAUAUUUUACUGAAAUGCAAUUGAAAGAAGAAACAAUUGAGGAGAAAAAAGAUAGAAUGAGAGAUAAAACCAGAUUAUUAAAAGAGAAGAAAGAAAAAGAGAGACAGGAUUUUGUGGCUGAAAAGCUAGACCAGCAAUUCAGGGAACGCUGCGAGGAGCUCCGUGUUGAAUUGUUUUGUAUCCAUCAGAAGAAAGUGUGCGAGGAGCGGAAAGCACAGAUAGCGUUUAAUGAGGAGCUGAAAAGGCAAAAGCUGGUGGAGGAGCAGAUGUUCUCAAAGCUCUGGGAGGAAGACCGAUUAGCCAAGGAAAAGCGAGAAACCGAAGAGGCAAGGAGACAGAAAGAGCUGGUGGAGAACACACGCCUUGGGCUGAAUGCCCAGAUCACCAGCAUCAAGGCGCAAAGGCAGGCAGCACAGCGGCUGAAGGAAGAGGAGGCGCGCCUUGUGGAAAUCGACAAAGCGCAGGUGAAACUUGAGAAUGAACAGGAUAAGCUAAAGAAACAGAAGAAAAAACAGGAAAUUAGGACCGCUUUGCAAAAAGCCCUCCAAGAGAAGAUAGAGCAUAUUCAGCAGGAAUACAGAGAGGAGUGGGACUUGAACAUGAAGCUCAUGCAAAUGUCCCUUCAAGACUUAGAGGAAGAGGCUGAUAAAAAGAAGCAAAAAAGAGAAGAGAUGAUAAGAGAACAGAAGAUAUAUCAUCAAUAUGUGGCACAGCGGCGUGAGGAAGAAAAAGCUCAGGAGAAAGAAUUGGACAGAGUAUUGGAGGAAGAGAAGGAGAAGAAGUUGGCUGAGAAGGACAAGGAGCUGAGACUUGAAAAAGAGGCAAGGAAACAACUUGUGAAUGAAGUCAUGUGUACAAGAAAGCUUCAAGUUCAAGAAAAGUUGCAACGAAGAGCAAAAGAACAGGAAGAACGUGCUAUGGAACAGGAACGUAUAAAUGAAGGUCUUAAAGAGCUUAACCGUGAAGAGAAGGAGAAUUUUGCAAGACGCUCCGGGUUAGCCCAAGAGUACAGGAAGCAACUUCAGAUGCAAAUGUCCUACCAGCAGCAGGCCCGGGAAGCAGAGAAGGAGGAGGCGCGCCGAGAGUUUGAAGCAGGGGUGGCAGCAAACAAGCUUUGCCAGGACAAGAUCCGGGAGAUCCUGUGCGUCCAUCGAGUGCUGCCCCGGAACAUUCAUCCCAUGCGGAGGGCGUGCCCUAGUAAGCCGCCACUGUAGUUUCAUGAGCAUCUAUAUUGUCUUUGUCAGUCUUUUAAUAUUUUUCACUACAGUAUGCUUGUAUGUUCCUUUUAACUCAUGGAUAACCUUCUUCCUUUGAGUUUGUAUCAUUACACGUAAUUUUCUUCCUGCAAAUUAAACUUUGUUCCUUUUUUAGAUUUUAUAGACUUACAAAUCUGAAUGAUCUACCUAUAGCAGAAUUAUUUUCCUGACUUACCCCUAUGGUUGUUGGUGUUGGAAAACACCACGGUCAGUAAGUGCUGGUGCUGCCAGUUGAACCCAGUCUGAUUAUAGAGUCUAUGGUUUUAGUCUCUCUGCUUUACUGCCUCCCCACAAUAGGUAGCAGGCGAAAUCAAUGAAUUAUAGACUUUUAGAUCUUAAAAGCCCAUCACAAAUAUUUUUGUUUUCUUUAUUUUGCAAAUACAGAAACAGAAGCCCAAAGAAAUCUCCUAUCUCUUAGUUCAGCACUUUUUCCAUCCCAUAACGUCAUGAUUUCUUACUAAAAUCCAAUUUGUUGUCAAAGCGGUCUUAAUCAACCAAUAUGCCCUUUAAGGCUUGUUUGGCAAUAUAUAGCAUGAGGCUAUUUUCAUUCCAUUUCCAUCACCUCAUGGACUCUAUCCAAACCUUUAUGUUUGCUAACAUAGCAUUUUGGUGCAAAUCCAUCAAGUACAUCCAUAAAUUACACAUGGGCAUGAAUAUUUUUCCUUCUUUAAACCAUCCUUCUAAUAUUUCAAUACCUUACAUAAACUGGGCAAAUAGCUUCUCAGAAUUUAGCUGAGAGUUUCAUCUAAUAAAAAGAAUAGCUUCCUAUAUAGGGAGGACUCUGAGAUAACUGGAAAAGGGAUAUCACACCUAGUGCAGGUCACAAUAAAAAGAUGUGAUUCUGUUUAUGUCUCCUCUGAAGGUGUUGGCUGGACGAGGACUCUCUGAGCCAACAUUGU